CGAGUCUCGGCUCGCCUCAGCGUCGGCAACUUCGGGCGAGGAAGAAACGUCCGUGAGGGCCUACACGGCGCGCAUACGUAAUACGAGUGACGACGACGAGAGCGGCGGGUUUCUCCCGUUUUUGUUAUCAGUUUGCCGUCAGUCCCGCGCGUUCCCACACACGGACAGAGAGAAAGAGAGAGAUGAGUCUUUGAUCGCGCACGCAGAGACCGAAAAAAAACAAAAAAAAAAAAAAAAAGAUGUCGAAAGCCACUGACAGACAGAGCUACGCGCAAACUUACAAGCUCGUCGUCGUGGGUGGGGGCGGUGUCGGAAAAUCGGCGAUCACGAUACAAUUCAUUCAGAGUUACUUCGUGACCGAUUAUGAUCCAACGAUCGAAGACUCGUACACGAAGCAGUGUGUCAUCGACGAUGUUCCGGCUAAGCUCGAUAUACUGGACACGGCUGGACAGGAAGAAUUUAGUGCAAUGCGCGAACAGUACAUGAGAAGCGGCGAAGGAUUUCUGUUAGUAUUUUCCGUCACUGAUCACAUGUCCUUCGACGAAAUUACGAAGUUUCACAAGCAGAUACUUCGGGUGAAGGAUCGAGACGAGUUUCCUAUGCUGAUGGUCGGGAACAAAGCGGAUUUGGAUCAGCAAAGACUCGUCACGGUGGAUGAAGCGCAAAACAUGGCACGUCAGUUAAAGAUUCCGUACAUCGAGUGCAGCGCUAAACACCGGAUGAACGUCGAUCAGGCUUUUCACGAAUUGGUGCGAAUUGUCAGAAAGUUCCAGUUGUCGGAACGGCCGCCGCUGAAACCAAAUUACAAGAAGGAUAAAAAGAAAUGUUGCAUGCUAUAACAACGAAACUUGUUUAUUCUGCAGAUCGCGUCGUGUUAAUCGGCUUGUAACUUUGAUGGUGAGUUUUAAUUGCAAUUAAAACAGAGUAAGUUCGAAAU